AUGUUUUCUUUUGUUUUUAAUCCGCUGUCUUGUUUCCUACUUCGACUUCUAAUUUAUUCACCCUAUCUUUUUCUUAUUUUCUUUCUCCGACAUUUUACAUCACCUUUUACUCUCUCUCUCUCUCCGUUUUCUCUUUCUUUUUGCUUUUUUUACAUUAACUUUUUUCUCCUUCCUUCUCCAUUUUUCUUUCUUUUUCCUUCUUUUUUCAUCAUCUUUUUUCAUCUUUUUUCUCCCUCCUUCUCCAUUUUUCCUCCCUUUUUCCUUCUUUUUUCAUCAUCUUUUUUCUCCCUCCUUCUCCAUUUUCCCUUCCUUUUUUCCUUCUUUUUUCAUCAUCUUUUUUCAUCAUCUUUUUUCUCCCUCCUUCUCCAUUUUUCCUUCCUUUUUUCCUUCCUUUCACAUCAUCUUUUUUCUCCCUCUCUCUCCAUCAUUGGGAUUACCUCUCACUUCAGUGGUGGUAUGCAUCUUCUUAGAAUUUCUCGUAUCUAG